AUGCAGGAUAAACAGUUUACGAGGUGGGUGGAAAAUGGGAGAAAGAUGAGCAAGAUCGACAGGGCUUUGGUCAGCGCUGAUUUUUUUUCCAAGUGGCCCACUGCUUGUCCUAGGGCCCUUCAUAAUUUGUUCUCUGAUCAUUGUCCUCUGCUGUUAUCUACGAAGAGCUCUAAUUUUGGUCCGAUUCCAUUUCGGUGCUUCAACUCGUGGCUGGGCCGGCUCGGGUAUGAAGAAGUGGUCUCGGGUGCAGCUUCCGAUUUUGUGGGGGAUGGGCCUCCUGAUGUCUUUUUGAGUAAUAAACUUAGAUUUAUUAAAUCACGUAUUCUGAAUUGGAGAGAUGAGUUGAAGGUGAAAGAGGAAGGAGAGGUCGCCACAGCUAAAUUUGAGUUAGAGGGUCUUCAGCGAACUCUAGAGGAAAGGGAAUUGGAGGAAGAGGAAGAGUGGGCGAUGGCCGAAGCGAAUAAAAUCAUUUUGGUCUCCGAGGAUAAUAUUUCCAAGGAUAUCAGACAAAGAUCGCGUGAUAGGUGGAUCAAGGAUGGUGAUGAAAAUUCGAAAUACUUUCACUCGGUGGUUAAUUAUAGGAAGGCUAGGAACAGGAUAUUUGGAUUGGUUAUUGAUGGUGUGUGGUGUGACAAGCCUACUCGGGUCAAGAAGUUUGUUUUUGAGUUUUUCAGGGAUAAAUUCAAAGAAUCUUACUCAAUCAGACCGACCUUUGAUAUGGUUUGUUGUAAGACUCUUUCGGAUAUGGACGGGGCUUUGCUGACCCAAAGGUUUAGCCGAGACGAGAUCAGAAAGGCCGUUUUCGAGUGUGGGGCUGAUAGGGCCCCUGGGCCAGAUGGUUUCAAUUUCAGACUGAAGGUGGUCCUUGGGAGUAUUAUUUCAGAGUCUGAGUCGGCUUUCCUUAAAGGUAAGUUUAUCCUUGAUGGGCCUCUGGUUGUGAGUGAGGUGUAUUCUUGGUUGAAAAAAGGUGGUAAGGCUGCGUUCGUGCUAAAGAUCGACUUCGAAAAGGCUUAUGACUUCGUUAAUUGGAACUUCGUUAUUGGCAUAUUGGAGAAGAUGGGUUUUCCACUGCGAUGGUGUGCUUGGAUCAAAGGGAUUUUGUCUUCGGCCAGAGCUUCGGUUCUCGUCAAUGGUUCGCCCACUUUUGACUUCCCUUGUUUCAAAGGGAUGAGACAAGGGGACCCGCUAUCCCCGUUUUUGUUUCUUAUUGUGAUGGAGGCUUUAUCGUUUUUAAUUAACAAAGCAGUGGAGAAAGGCCUUUUUAAGGAGAUCUCUCUCCCCAAUAGCGGGCCGUGUGUGUCCCACCUUUUUUUCGAAGAUGACGCGAUCAUUAUGGGAGAGUGGUCUACCGAGAAUGUGAAGGUGGUCAUUCGGAUUCUGAGGUGUUUUUAUAUAUGCUCAGGGUUGAGAAUGAAUAUCAGGAAAUCGAACAUUUACGGUAUUGGUGUAGAUCGUAGUGAGGUGGAGUCGGUUGCUGAGUCGAUUGGGUGUAAACCGGAUGGGUUUCCGUUCAAAUAUUUAGGGAUUACGGUCGGUGCCAACAUGAACAGGAUCUGUAAUUGGAGACCGGUCUUCGAUGUCUUUGAAUCUCGUCUUUCUUUAUGGAAGGCGUCGGGUCUUUCUAUUGCGGGAAGGGUGACGCUGAUUAAGUCGGUGCUCGAGAGUUUGCCGAAUUAUUACUUUUCUUUAUUCAAGGCUCCGGUUCGGGUGGUUAAAGAUCUGGAAAAACUGAUGAGAAGGUUAUGUUGGGACUUUCUCCCGCUUCGUGCGUCCAUUAACGGUGUUUGGCGUAAUAUUCAUAAGGUUUGUUCUGGUCGGUUUGUUGAGUAUUUGUCCCUUAAAAGCUUGAUGGGAGGGGUGGUUGGGAAUGGGCAGGAUUUAUUGUUUUGGCUCGAUCCGUGGUUAACGUGUUCUCCGUUGAAAGUCGAGUUUCCUAAUUUAUUUCGGUUGGAGAAAAAUAAGAAAUGCAAGGUGAAGGAGCGGAUUGUGAGACCGGUGUCUAAUCCCUGUGGGAAGUGGAUGUGGAGGUCCGAGCCUGUCUCUAAUGUGGAGCUUGCCGAAUGGAGUAGGUUAUGUGGGUUGCUUCGUUCUGCUUUCUUAUCGGACCAUAAUGAUAGAUGGGAUUGGCUGGGCUCCGGGUCGAAUGGGUUCUCGGUCAAAGCUGUGAAAGAAUUGUUUGACAUUAAUAAAGACUUUAGCUCACGGUUCGUUUGGGAGUGGUGUAGGUGGAUCCCGAAAAAAUGCAAUCUCUUCGCUUGGAGGGCCGAACAGGACAGGAUCCCGACAAGGGAGGCGCUGUGUAGGAGGAACAUUCGGGUUGAUGACAGCAGUUGCCCGCUUUGUAACUCGGAGGUCGAGUCGGUGGAUCAUCUGUUUACAUCAUGCGGGGUGUCAGCGGUUAUUUGGCAAAAGAUUCAGGUUUGGUGUAAAUCUUCUAAUUUGUUCAUUUUCUCUUUUCGUGACAUCCUGGAGGUUUAUAAUUGGGUGGGUUUGGAAGGGCAUAAGAAGGAGGUGUUUCAUGGUAUCGCCAUCCUCGCUUGUUGGAGGAUUUGGAAAGCUAGAAACGCGUUGGUUUUUGAGGGGAAGCCUUUUGUCAUCAACGAGGUUUUUAGUGAUAUUAGAUCUUGGGGUUUUGUUUGCUACAAUAAUAGAAUGAAAGACAAAUGUAUAGAUUGGAAGGAUUGGUGUAGGUUUGUUAUUUUGUAA